UCGGUGGUGGCGUCACGAGAGGCGGAGCCUCGGUCGCACCAGGGGUGGAGCUGAGGCAGUCACGUAGCUCAGGUCCCUGGGCUUUGGCCGUAGCGCGUGUGGUCCUGUGCUUCUGCUCCAGUCUCACCGUCUCUUCGCCAUCAUGCCGAUGUUCGUCGUGAACACCAACGUGCCCCGUGCCUCCGUGCCCGACGGGCUCCUCUCAGAGCUCACUCAGCAGCUGGCGCAGGCCACUGGCAAGCCGGCUCAGUACAUCGCAGUGCACGUGGUUCCGGACCAGCUCAUGGCCUUUGGCGGCUCCAGCGAACCCUGCGCGCUCUGCAGCCUGCACAGCAUAGGCAAGAUUGGUGGCGCGCAGAACCGCUCCUACAGCAAGUUGCUGUGCGGCCUGCUGGCCGAGCGUCUGCGCAUCAGCCCGGACAGGAGGUGUUGCAACGCGCUGAGCCUGGUUCCCACUCCCUGCAGGAUCUACAUCAACUACUACGACAUGAAUGCGGCCAACGUGGGCUGGAACGGCUCCACGUUCGCCUGAGGGUGGCGGUGUCCUGGAUUCCCUUGCAGGGACCCUACCCGUGUUCUGGGCCCUACUCCCGCUGUGUUCUGUGCCUGUUCUCCCCCUGCCAGCUCCACCACAGGGAGAAAUAAAUGGUUUGGAGAACACA